AAGGUCUUACAAUUUCAGCCACAGAAGAAAAGAGCGGUAUAAAAUACACACAUUGUUUGAGGAAUAUAUACAUUUUCGAAACGCAGUACCCACAACCCAGGAAGAAGAGCGUCCGGCCAAGAACAGCAAUCCACACUAGCGCUCAUGGACGCCGCAACAGCUGCUGUUGCGGACUCCGCGCUGGUGGCCAUGAACAAAUUAAAUGCGGCCAAGUGCCGAGCCUGCCUGUCGGUGGACCGAAAAACCGUCCAGCUGGACGCCCCCAUGCCGAACCUGCAAAAGUCUCGCACCUACGCCCAGAGCCUGAAGCAAUGCACCAACCUGGAUUUGCGGGUAAACAGUCCCGGCGGCUACCUGUGGCCCAUGCAAAUCUGCGUGCGCUGCUGUCGCGCCUUGGAGGUGGCCAUGCACUUCGUGGAGUUGGCCCUGGAAUCGAAUCUCAAGCUGUACGCAGAGUCCAAAAGUGUGAAGCUGCCGAGUCCCACGGGGGAGCUGAAGCGGAAGGCCAGCAGCGAGACGCUUCACUGGAACCAAUUUAGCCAGGAAUUCGAGCAGUUUGUCGAGAGCUACGAGGGUAUGACGGGACCCAUCGAGGAGAAUGUCCUGUACAUGCGCGGCGCCAAGAUACCACGCCUCGAUGCAGAUGCGGCGGCCAGCAAAAAGGCACCCAAAGAGGAUGAGGUCAUCUUGUUCGACGUCAAGUACGACACCAACGAUCUGGAGGAGGAGGACGAGAACGACGGGUCGGAUGCCAAGAACAGCGAGACCUUCUUCGAGAGCAGUAUUACGCCAGGAGUAGCUGCUGUUACCAACAAAACAGCGAGCAGCAAGAGCGGCGAGAACAACAAUAAUUACAAAUUUAAUAACAAAAACGGCGACUCUCUUCCGGAUGAGGAAUGCGAUCUUAUACAACGCGCCCUUUACAUGACCUUAAACGAUGAGAGCCCCAAGCCAGCCAAGGAGUCCAUCAAAGAGCAGCCGCUUAAAUCCCGGGAGAGUGAGGAUUCAGCACCAGCUCUCCAAGAGACUACCACUAGAAUCUUGCCCAACGGCACCAUAGCCACUAUACCCAACCUCAAGUGCAACAUUUGCCAAUUUACGAACACAGAUGCCAAGCAGCUGAGAGGUCAUUACAAGAGUAUUCACAAGAUAUACAUGGCCGAGGACGACAUAAUUGGCUUAAACAAAAAUCAAAGCUUCAAGUGCCGACCCUGCAAUAGUUAUGAGACGAAAGACAGAGGUGAAAUGCAGAAGCAUCUCAUCGAUCACCAUAAAAUAGAUGGAGAUUUCGAAAUGUACUGCUACGUGCAGGCCAACUGCCCGGCUUGUGCCCGGAUAUUCAAGGAUCAGGGCUCUGCCCGAAAGCAUUAUACUCGGGUGCAUACACCGGCCCCAGUUCCGACAUCACCACCGGAAUCGUACGUCUGCAAGGUCUGCGACAAGGUCUUCAAUCAGAAGGCCGGACUACACAGUCACCAGCGGUUCUGCCAGGUCAAGGAUCCCGUCCACUGCACCUUCUGCGACCAGGAGUUCAGCAGCAUGCGCAAGUACGAGCUGCAUCUACAGCAGCUGCAUGCCGUUGAGACGCUCCACGAAUGUGAGAUCUGUCACAGGAGCUUCAAGAGCGCCGACACCCUGGCCGUGCACCGCAAGCGACACUCGGAGCGGCACUUUCAGUGUGACAAGUGCACCCUGAAUUACGUCAACUCGGCGGAGCUGAGGGUGCAUUACGAGCGGGCCCACGUGAAUGAGGAGCAGGUAAGCUGCCUCACCUGUGGCAGCCAGUUUCAAAACUUUGCCCUGAUGCGCGAGCACGAGCAGAGGAGUCACCAGAAGCAGAAGGUCUGGCGCUGCGAGGUGUGCAACUUUGAGGCGUCGACGAGGUCGCGAUGGCGUCAGCAUCAGUACGAGCACAUGGAGUAUCCCUACAAGUGUCAGCAUUGCACUGGAGAGUUUGCCGAUCGCAGCAAAUUCCGUCAACAUUCCAAGAAGCUGCAUGGCAUCGAGCUGAGUGACGAACAGCUGGCGGAGAUGUUCCGCGAGAAGAAGGGCUACACCAAUCGGCACGAUGCCUUCAACAAGUCGAACAACUCCCUGGAGAUACCCGGCUUCACGGAGGACUGCUUUACGGAACUGAAGAGCCUGGGCGUGGACUACGACGACAUAACCACAGAUCUCUUCGCCAACUCCAGCACCCUGGACCACUUGCUAGACUUGAUACCCUGAACUGAGGACCGAUCCAUUUUACCUGCAUAGAAUUUACAAACACAAAGAAUAGCUGACGAGAGCUAGAAGACUGUCUUACAAGCACUUUAACAACACCACAUAACCGACAUCAUUAUACACCACACACUUUCAGUUCGAUCAGAUCACAGUGAAUUCCUGAUAUUUUUGAAGUCACAAUCUCAAUAAACAAGAAACAAACAUGCGUUUCUGAAGCGCGCCCAA